UAAAGGUUAAUGAUAAUUAAUGGUACUGAUAGACUUUAUAUGAGUACCUGCCAUAACCCCAAAUUUACGUCAAGUGUCCCAACAAAUCCAAAUAUGUACCCUGAAUAAAAGUCGCGGUUACCAAGCCUCCCACGGAAAGUGAUUCCAAAAAAAAUUUCUGCAAUCCGCAUCCUGGCUAAGACCGAACUGCGCAUUCCAUAUCAACGGCCAAUCAGAUUCCUCCCUGAAACGGAUUACCCCAGAGCCUCAACGAGAUUGUGGUACAAUGUACUAUUCAAGCACAGUCGAGUAAUACUAUUAUUGCACGCUCAGCUGUAGCAGCGCUACCCAGAUCUGAGUAGUUUGCCGUCUUUGCCUCUAUUGACUCUGCUAUAGACGUAUAUACUAUCAUGGCCGACGUGUCUGGCCACACUAAGGAGCAAAAUACUUAUCCAGAUGACUACGUUACUGCUCACAAGACAUUCGAAGCCCGGAACAUUGAUGAAAAUCGCUUUGUUAAGUUUGAAGAGCGGGAUACUCGAACCGUUCUAACAGUCGCCAUGAUAAAAACACUGUGUCAUGGUAAGUUGAACUGUCCUAAAUUAAAGCAUGAGGUGCAUGCUUAACUGACAGACUUUUUACAUUCAAGAUUUCGGGCGCCGCGCUUGAUUGAACAGCGGAAUGUUGAGGGAGUUUUAAAUUUUGUUGAAGGUGGGAAUUUUUAGAGAAAAUAAUAUACAUAGAUCUAUUAUGGAAGGAUUUCUUCUUGAUGUGUCGCAAGACUUCGGCCUGAUUCGACGACGGCGAAAUUCGUCUCGAGAAAUUUGUUGCGAAAUAUCGAUGUCGAUGGUUGCACACUUAUGUAGUGUCAUGAGUGAUUCUAUUGAAUUUUCUCCCUUCUUUAAUUUGCUUUCGCAACAGAUCUUCACCAAAAUAAUAGGGUCAAAGUCGCCAUUGAAGCUCGCACUUGCAUUUGCUUGGAAAGCUAGGCAAAGAAGUAAAUGUGUACACAAAACAAAACAAUUAUUUCCACUAUGCAAAUCUACAAGGUUAACUUAAGGGUCAAUAUAAGUUAUAUUAACGAAAUAUCGUUAACAUAAUUUAAUAUCGAGAAAUAACCACAAUAUGCGUGACUUGUAAAAUUCGGUACUUUAAAAAUAACGGGUACUGUACUAGCUUAACCCUUUUCGCUCCUGAGAUACUUUAAUAGUUUCAUUUGAUGUGUAAAUGAAAGUAUGAAACGAAGGAAUUUUUUAUUAGCGUACCAAUUAAGAUUUUAUCGUUUCCUGCACUUGAUUAUUCAAGUAGAUAGGACCGUACUGGGAUUUUCCCGGGAAUUUUGUGAUCACGUGAUUGAUGCGCGGGAGAACGGAUAGGAGCAUAGCAUAGAAUAUUUCUAUGGAGCAUAGCCUGCCAUAGCAGGUUGAAAUUUUUACCUUAGUGCGUGGCGCUCGGGCAUGCAUCGAGUCUACUCAAUUUAUUAUUAUGACAAGGUUGGCAAGACUAUUAACGGAAAUUUAUUACAACGUUUACUAGAGUAUGAAUAUUUCGCAAAUUACAAGCAAAAACAAUAUAAAUCAUUUCAAACACUGGUAAUUUUACUACGUUCUCUCAAAGUUUUAACUUCAAAAGUUUAUUCUAAGGAUGUUGAAAAAGCGAAUUAUUUUCGGGGUUUUUGCAAAAUUUUGUCAAAACUAUGCUGGGGUCACGUACGUACCCUGUGAUGUUGUCAUAUUUUUUAAAUCUUGAAGAAGCGCUGAUUGGCUGUUGUGCAUGACUCCAGUACAACAGCCAAUCAGCGCUUCUUCAAGAUUUAAAAAUAUGACAACGUCACAGGCACAGAGUAUACCACAGAAUAGGAAGUUAUACCAGAAGCGUAACUCUAGUCGUUUCCCUUAUUGUUUGACGUCCACGAAAAUUUCAACUCGCUCACGUCAGGCCACGCCAUCCUGGCUGGUACAGCCGGAAGUUUUUAUCAGGAUUUGGUAGGUACAAAGUGCCGGUUGUACUAGUCAGGAUGGCGUGAUUGAUGACGAAUCGCUUGUAAAAACGCGGACAAAUAUUUGCUCGAGUUACGCUUCUGGUAUAACUUCCUAUUCUGUGUCUUUACUCUGUGUCACAGGGUACGUGACCCCAGCCAAAGAUUAUAUAGAUACCAUAGUAUCUAAUCAUUACCCCAGCAUAGUUUUGACAAAAUUUUGCAAAAACCCCGAAAAUAAUUCGCUUUUUAAUUUAACAUCCUUAAACUUUACUAUUUUUCUAUGUUUUUCAAAUAUUGGUCCGCAUAUCUUGUAAAAUUUUUAUCCGCGUUGACGGUUUUAUUUGUUUUUAAAAACUGAAAAUUCGCGUCACGUUGUCAAAUCGCGUUCGGCCUGUAUAGACCUUUAGAAUGAACUUUUGAAGUUAAAACUUUGAGAGAAUGUAGUAAAAUUACCAGUGUUUGAGGUAAUCGAACUUCAGCGCCCUAUUAUACGUGAAUUACUCUGCGUAUGAACAAUUGGUUUUCAUAUUCGGAAAGAUCAGGCUUUUAGCUAUUGAAUAACAUGCUUUUCCUGCCAAGGGGAGAAAAAAGUAAGCAUGUACGAGGCCGAUUAAAAAUGUUAGUCAAAAUCGCAUAUUUUCACCUCUGUGCCUAAUUAAAACAAUGCAUAACAAAAGAAAAAGCAAUUAAUCACGAACGCGUCGUAGCUUGGCUAAGAGUUUAUUGUCUUUAUUCCUACUUAAAUAAUAAUUAUGAAUAUGUGUGCAGUUUAAUGAAGUGAAAUUCAUCAACUUAAGUCCUAAAGGGGGUUCAUUUUCAAUGGUUUUAGACCCAACUCUCAACGGUGAAAAUAUGUGAUUCUGACUAACAUUUUUUAUCGGAUUCGAAUUUGCUCAUUUUUUAUCCAUUUGGCAUGAAGAAGAUAUCAUUCAAUAGCUAAAAGCAUGAUCUUUCCGAAUGUGAAAAAUCUCGUUCAUACGCAGAGUAAUUCAGAUACAAUAGCGCGCUGAAGUUCGAUUACCUUUUUUUUUAUACACCCUGUAUAUUGAAUAACCAUGAUUCCCAGUUACAUGUUUUCAGAAGUUAAGAGCCUCUAGAUUGACCCCCUAGCUUGGACCCCCUAGCUCCAGCACCCAAAAUCGAGUUUGUCUUGCCUUUCUCCAAUUCUCCCACCCAACCACACCAUUAUACGCGAGUACUCACAACAGUUUAUUUACAUACAGCGAGCAAAAUCGGCCCGACAAAUCGCAGCGUGUAAACGUACCUUAACCGUAGCUUUAAAGGUCUUGCCACAGAGUAGAGACAUACAGAGACGUAACUAGUGUACCCACUUUUUUGUGCGCAUGCUCGGCAAGUUACUAGAUGCAUGCAUCUGAUUGGAUGACGACCUUAUGACAACUCACUUUAAACUUACUGAGCACGCGCAGUUGAUCAUUUUUCGCCAGGUCGCCUGAAAAAAAGUGGGUACAUGAAAACGUAAGCUUCCGCAGUGUUUACAACGGUCAGUUACGUCUCUGUAUGUCUCUGCUCUGUGGUCUUGCCAACCUUGUCAUAAUAAUAAACUGAGUAAACUCGAUGCAUGCAGCAUGCCCGAGCGCCAUGCGCGAGGGUAAAAAUUUCAACACGCAUUUUUGGGCUGCCUAUGAUAGGAGUUGUAUUUAGCUGGAGUAGAAUGUGUCAAAUUAUACCUUCAGUCGAAAUCAAGUUUUAAGUAUUUUUUUUAUAUAAUAAAAGGCUUAAGUAUUUUGUUUUAGAUUUUUUGUUCAGCUAGGAAAAGGGCGGCAAAAAAUUUCAAUUUGCCAUGACUCCGACUCGACUUGAACAAGUUGUAGCUGAGUCAAUUCUGCUACCAGUGGCGGAAAUUCACUUUUUCCAGGGGGGGGGCAAAGCCUCUUAAUUAAAUUUCCGACAAAACCUUCAAAUGUCCAACAACCCCCAUUUGCACUCAAAAAGGUUGUUUUUGGCCCCCUCUUGGGUCAAAAUUUCCGAAAAUUCGUCCGUUUUUAGCACUGUUAGCUACAACUUGUUCAGGAUAAAUUCAUCAAAAAUAUUAUAGUUUGGGAAGAGCCUUGGAAGGGCUUGAAGAAAUGAAAAGUAAUUCUCGAUGCAGAUAGGCAUGUUUUCUCUCGUAGGGAAUUUUUUUAAGGCAUUUUCACCUUUUUGCUCACCAUAUAACUCUUGUAUCCUUUGACCUCGAUCUGUUCAAUUGAUUUAUUAUUGAUGUAUUGUAAAGGAAAGUACCAGACAAACUGGAAUGGAGUGGAAGUACUGAAAAGCUCGUUAGACUUGAUUACCAUGCAAGAUUUAUUUGGCCGUGAAAAACCUGCAACAGUCAUUGAAUUUGGUAGUUAUACCGGGGGCUGUGCAUUGUGGUAUGCAGACUUAUUAAAAUGUUUUGGUGUAAAGUCUCACGUUUAUUCUAUCGAUAUUUCACUCGACUGCUUGCAUAAAACGGCAAAAAUGAGGGAGGAUAUCACCUUUAUAAAGGCAGACGUCACGAAGGAUAUGGAGAAAGUGUUCCCAGAAAAAAUGUUGAAGGUAUUUGGCUCCAAAUCAGUUUUGUAGAUUAUUGGGCGAUUUUUUUUUAAACUCGGCUCUUUAUAUGAAAACCUGUGUACGUUGAAGACAAUGUAAUUUUGACAGUGAAAGUGGGACUUCCAUGCAGAUUUAAAAAUGAACAACGCAUUAUUUAGAGCUUUUGCAGUUGGCAUUAACUGCAACAAACUGUAUGUUUAUCGUAGGAGCUGCCUCAUCCCUGGUUCAUCUCUGAAGACUGCCAUGUCCCAUUGGAAUACACGUUGGGUUAUUUGGAGCCAUUUAUGGAGCCUGGGGACUAUCUGUUAGUUGAAGACACACACCCGUCAUUUUGUGCACACACUGGCCAAGGUAAUAAUAGUCUCCAUGAUGUUUUGUUGAUAUUCAGAGGUUGAUAUUUAUCAUUUAUAGACCCGGAGCGUGGGGGAUUUGGCGGAAUAUUACCUGAAGUGAAGAUAUUUUCCGAAGAUAACUCAUACUUGUUAAUAUUGAAAUAUUUCGGUUGUUUCGGCAAUUUUUAUUAAAGUUUUUAUUGAAAUUUCAGCAUCAGCAAUAUGAUACCUUACUUCCCGUCACCCCUUGCGCGCAUAAAUUAAAAGCUGGAAUUGCCAAUUGAAUGGGGCCCCUGGCUUGAGCCAGGCUGCGCCCAAAGGAGUUACAGUACGCCACUGAUUUAUUAAUUUAGCAUCACCAAACUAAAUAACAUAUUUGAUUGUUUUUCAUCAGGUCUGUACACUCCUGGAUUCGACGAAGUUGGUUUCGAAAAACUCAAUGAUUUGACAGAGUUUCUAAAAUCCCGCUCGGGAAAAUUCGUUGUCGACUCUCAUUACACUGAUUUCUUUGGGUAAUUAAAACUUGAAUUGUUUACAAUUUAAAGAAUAUUUCUUUUAAUGGCAAAUUUGUCAAAAAUUUAAACUUUCUUUAUAAUUACUAUGUUCUAUACUGAAUUGAUAGUAUUACACGCAGUGGUUGGCAGAACUAAAUUUGUUCAACUCUUCCAUAUCUAGUCUAUCUAAGGGUCCUGAAGAGGGGGGGGGGGUCUAGAAUCUAGAUCACUGACUCUUAAGAGCAUGGUGAAUGGAUUUUCCCAUUUUCAUUUUUGUGUCUUUCACUCCCAGUCACAAUAACCUAAAUUCCAUUUUCACAGUCCAAAAAUAGGGAAAUUGCAGUUCCCAUUUUACCACCUUAGGACCCUCGUAUCAAUUUGAAUUUGUUGUUCUUUUUUCAGGUAUAAUGGUUCUUCAAGUAUGAAUAGUUAUCUAAAGCGUGUUUAGGUUCAUUGGAUUAAAUCUAUAAGCGUACGAGGCUGAUACUCAGGGAGGGGGGAGACUUGAAUGUUUGCCCGAAUUUUCAUUGAAGAUUGUAAUGAACAUACCAAUCAUACGAAUAUUCUUGCUUAUUCCUAACCUUAGUCCGAAUUUCCAUGGUUUUCUAUUUUCUUUUAGUUAUUUAUUUAGUUUUUUUUUGGGGGGGUGGGGGGUGGGGGUGGGCAGUUGCCCCCUGUCUCGUACGCCUAUGAAUUGAAUUGAAUCGAUUCAAUAACAAUGCUAAUUUGUAAUUUUUAAUCAAAUGUGUUAAGUAGUGGGUUAGACACGCUGAUAAUUACAAGAUUUGAAGAAUAAAGCAUCUUUUUACUUUACUAAAUUUUCCAUGCCAAAAUGUUUUUGAUGUAUUG